AUGGACAUGCGCGAGCAUUCACCUCAUACAUUAAGCAAUGAUUAUAAUCAAGAGCGUUUAAAUGAAUUUCCUUCAUUAGCCAAUCAAAUAGAUGUAGUUUCCAAUCCACCUAAUAAUCUAUCUUUGACACGACGAUCCUGUUUCACAAUUCUUAACGAAUGGUUUAGAUAUGUUUACCGAAGAGUAAAACGUCCCGAAAAUGAAAAUAAUCAACAAUCUGAAGAAGCCACUAAUUAUCAACAAGUCGAACUCAAUCAAAGAGAAAUCAAUCUCGGUAAAUCUAGACGAGAAAACAAAAUGACACAAGAUCUUCAACAGAAAAUACAGCAACGAAAUCUUUUUCCUUUUCAACGUCAAUUUCGAACUAUUAAAAUAAAAGAUAAAAGUUCUGUAUCCAUGGCCUGUAAUGACAAACAUAUAAUAUUAAAGCAAAAACCUAAUUUAUGUUUAUUUGAUAAACAAUUAACUAUUGUUAAAGAAAUACCAUGGACCUAUGCUCAUGUUCAUAUCUGUUGGUCAUCAACACUCGAUCAAUUUAUUCUUAUUACAGAAAAAGUUAUUUUCACUUUCGAUGAUAAUACAAUGAUACUUGAUCAAUGUCAAAUUGAUCUUAUUAACGAUAAAGAAUGGUCAGCCGGAUCAUGUACAGAUACUUCCUUGUACUUAUCGACUGGAGAAAUGUCUACAACUCUCUACGAAUAUACACUUCGACCGACAAUCGAAUUUGUUAAAGAAUGGCAAUUAUUGGCUUUACACUCAAGAUAUGAAGGUAUUCUUACAUUUACUUGUGCGAAUGGAAAAAUUGCUCUCGUUAUCUCGAAUAUUUAUGUUUUUCAAAGACGUUUCGAAUUACGCUCAACGUCGACAUUCGAACGUUUAUGGUCUAUUCCACUCAAUGUAGUUGCUCAUUGUUGUUCGAUAAAUAAUGAUCAAUGGUUCAUUAUGGAAUUAUUACAACCUCGACUUUUACAUGUUUCUUCCGAUGGAAAAAUCUUACAAGAAUACAAAGUCAAAACACCAUCAUUAAAUAUUAUAUGGAAUGCAGUUCAAUUUGAUAACGAUACUAUUGCAACAUUGACUAUGGACAGUCUUAAUCUUCAUAAGAUCUCAUAA